UAUUAUUUGAUUGGUAUAGCCUUUAAAAUAGUGACUGAUUGCAAUUCAUUAAAAUUGACGGAGCGUAAAAAAGAUCUGUUGCCUCGAGUUGCGCGCUGGUGGGUAUAUUUACAAGAUUUUAAUUUUACUUUAGAUCGAAAAGGGGCUUUAAUGCAACAUGCAGAUUUUCUGAGCCGUAAUCCUGAUCUUUCCACUGCCAAUGUGUCUCAUAUUCGGAAUCCAAGCAGCUGGGCGAAGAUCGCUCAAACCGCUGAUGUGAAGACACAAGAGUUAAUUUCUAGAUUAAGAGACGGACAGCUUGACGAUACUAGGUAUGCGAUAAAAAAUGAUUUGUUGUACUACAAAUUUACACCAACUGGGGAAAACCCGCGACUCUUGUGUUACAUCCCUAAGGGUCACAGACUCAGCUUGUUGAGGGUGUUCCACGAUGAACAUGCUCAUAUUGGGACUGACAGAACAACUGACUUAAUAUUAAGACACUUUUGGUUUCCUAGUUUGCGACAGUUUGUAAAAAAGUACAUAAGUCAUUGUCUAGUAUGUUUACCACAUAAAAAAGUUCCCAGGGCUCCGUCACAACCGAUUCAAUCCUGGACAAAGCCAGAUAUCCCUUUUUCUAUUAUACAUACCGAUGUCCUAGGGCCGCUCCAAGAGUCAAACGGUUUCAAAUACGUUUUGAUUAUAGUGGAUGCAUUUUCCAAGUAUUGUUUGCUCUACUCUCUGUACAGACAAAACACUGACGAGCUAAAACGAGUUUUUUCAAAUGCGGUAUCAUUAUUUGGUACGCCGUCUAUAAUAGUAUGUGAUCGCGCUAGAAUGUUCAAAAGCGCUACAUUCCAAAAUUGGGUCAGUGAUUUGGGAUGCUCGAUACAUUUUAUCACGCCUGGUAUGCACCGUGAAAAUGGGCAAGCGGAGCGGUACUGCAGGACAGUUCUCAACAUGCUACGUGUUGAAGUAGGCAACAAAGGUUCCCAAUGGUCCGAUGUGCUGUGGAGGAUGCAGCUCACUUUGAAUAUCUCCAAGCAAAGUACCACGCAGACGUCACCACUACAGUUACUGGUCGGUAUUGACGCAGUUACUCCAGUCAUCAGAUCGUUAGUGCGAGAUGUGGCACUUACUAACUCUAAUCCCAAUCGGGAGGCUCUUUUAACUCUUCGCAGACAACGAGCUUCGGAACUCCUUGCAACCAAUCAACAGCGCCAGGAUGCCUACGUUAACGAGGGUCGUCGGCAGCCACUCACUUUUGCUGUCGGAGACUUUGAGUUUGUGAGCAAGACUGCACAAAUCACCGGCAAACUGGACUCCGGCAUGCGCGGGCCUUACAAGGUUAUUCGCGCGUUACCGUGCCACCGUUACGAGUUAGAGCUACUAGCUGGUUCCUAUGGGAAAAAGACCCAAGCUGCAGCUGAAAAUGGUGCUAAUGUGUUUAGGCCACAUAGAGAACAUGCAAAGAGACUGCAUUAGAAAAUAAUGAGCAGUUUGCAAGGGAUGAAACAAAUGAAGAGAGAAAUGGCUCUGAUGCUAGUGGUGCAAGUAAUGCUGCGGUCGAGGACGCCGCACUGUCAGGAACGGCCGUCUUAUAAAACAAUCUCCACAGAGCAAGUCGGACCGAGUGAGGGGUAACAGAGAGGAGUGGAACUGGGAACACCGGAAAUGCGGCGAUUGGCGCUCGGACGUGACAGACGCGGGAGUGUUUUGUUUUUUUAAUUGCGUUGUGUAAAAUAUGUUCUUCUGGUUGCGUAUAAUUUUCAUUGUGGUAUUUUAGUUAAUUAAAAAUUGUUUUGUAAGGAAUAAAACUUCCUAGGUUGAGUGUUUUGUUACUUUUA